CACAGUAAAUUAUUAUUGUACAAUAAAAGGUUUUAAUCCGUCAAAAGUCUUCAGUUCUCCCGUAACACUCCCGACCAAAAGAACCUUGGUUCUUUUCAGGCAAAUAAAUAGACAACAAGAAUCUAAGUAUAUGCAACACAAACAAACAACAACAGACACUCAAUAUACCAACAAUCUCGUGAUCCCUAGGACUUACACCAGUACGCCUAGGGACCCGAGUAACUACCUACCAUCUACAGCUUCAAGAAGACAUAGUUUUCUAAUAUCUCUCACUAGGAUCCCCUUUCUUGUCCUUAAUUCUACCUGCCUCACUAAUCUAUCCUUACUUGGUAACACUCUCUGCACCAGACCCAAGGGCCAUUUGUUUUUCUCAGAGAACUCGGAACAUAUCAUUACUAAGUCACCCUCUCGUAUGUUCCUCUCUAGUUGGGUCCACUUGUAUCUACGCUGCAACAACGAAACAUAUUCCUUAGACCAACGUCUCCAAAAUACUUGUGCCAAGUAAUUCGCUUGCUUCCAUCUCUUAGAAUACCUGUCAUUAGAUAUUACGUUAGUGAGUUCGGCGACGUUCUCUCUCAAUAGUAAUAGUUUCGCUGGUGUUAUUGCAUCGAGAUCAUUAGAGUCGUCCGUAACCGGAACCAAAGGUCGAUUGUUAAUUAUACGCUCAGCCUCUAUCAUGAAAGUUUCAAGGCAUUCAUCUGUUAAAGAUUGUUCCUUUACAAGAACACCCAAUACUCUACGUACAGAGCGAAUCAUGCGCUCCCAAACUCCUCCCCAAUGACUAGCAGCCGGUGGACUGAAAUGCCAGUCAAUCCCCUUUCUUAGCAAAUCAGAGUGUAUACGCUCCUG